UGCACACUGACAGAGACAGGAGGAGCAGGGUGUGCUUGCGUGAAUAAGAAAGAGUGGGAGAUCAAGUCUGAGAGGCAAGAGAAGACAGAAAGCAGCGAGACAAAGAGCAAGAGACAUAGCCGACAGUUUGAGUGAUUCUGGUGGACAGUUUAGGGAAGAAAAAGAGAAAAGAGAAGAAUUUAUAAGGACUGAGUCCAUGAGGAGUUGAAGUUGACUGACAGGACAACAAAUUUGUCCACCUGCUUGGCACUGAGGGAUUUUGCUGGAAGAUUGAUCUUUGGAUAUCAAUUUUCAAAGAGGGCUGAUUGGAGAAGACGUUACUUCACUUUGAUAUUUUGCUAAACUGGAAGAAGUAGUGAGGAAAGAAGCCAGCAAGCAAGGCAAGCAAGAGAAAACCAAGAUUUCACUGCAGCUUUUGAGUAAGACUCGAUCAUAUUAUUAUUACAUGAAACACAUUUUGAAAUCAUUAGAAAUCAACUGUUAUUAUUCUGCACAGAAAUUAGACUCUUUUUACAAACUUGUGCAACCAAGAAGAAAGAAACCUAUCAAAAAGAUAGCUUAUUAUCAAAGUUGACUGAAAGUCUUUUCUCAUUUUAAGCUAUUGAACAAACUUCUACAUAACAAUGUACGCAUGUAACCUGAGCUUAAACACACUGCUGUAAUUACAAAGCAAGGUCAGGAAAGAAAUUACAGACAUUUGUAAUUAAGGACCAUCUAUAACAGGAAACCAAAAAAAGGGUGAGGUCUGCGCGAAAAAGACAGAGGAGGCCGCAAGGACACCAACACGGGCAACGGGACAUUAAGAAUCUCACCAGCAACAACAGCUGCUUUAGAGGGACAACAGGCACCAUGGAUUCUCAAGGAGGACAUUACCUCAACAAAGAAGCUGUGCUGUCCCCUUUAGGAAUAGCCCGAAUGUUCCAGCUACUGUUUGGCUGCACCAUAAUGGCCCUUGUGUCCCACAGCGCAGGCUACAGUGCCAAUUAUGGAAUCUUCUGUAUGUUUGUGUGGUGCUUCUGCUUUGCUGUCACACUGGUUGUUUUCACCUUGGACAUUACCCGGCUCCACACUUGUAUGCCGAUUUCCUGGGAUAACUUCACUGUGGCCUUUGCCAUGCUGGCAACACUCAUGUACAUCACUGCCUCUGUGGUCUACCCCGUUUACUUCCUCCAGACAGAGGUUCCCGAUGAGGAGUGGGAAGUCCAAAUAUACCGAAUUGCUGUUACAGUCUGCUCUGCAGUCUGUUGCUUCCCCUACGCAACUGAGGUGUUCUUAACACGAGCCAAACCAGGGGCUGUGGUUGGAUACAUGGCCACUGUGUCUGGUCUGCUCAAGGUGGUCCAAGGUUUUGUGGCCUGCAUCAUUUUUGGGGCCCUGGCUAAUGACAGUGAGUACAACCAAUACAUUGCCACCCAGUACUGUGUGGUGGUGUACAGCCUGUGCUUCUCUGUCACUGUGAUAGUGGUCGUACUGACGGUUUCUGGUAGGACCUCUGCCCUGCGGUUCCCAUUUGAUCGGUUUGUGGUCAUCUACACUUUCUUUGCUGUGAUCCUCUAUCUCAGUACUACGCUGAUCUGGCCCAUCUUCAGCUUCGACAGGAAGUAUGGCAACACUACUCGUCCCGAGGACUGCCCACGAGGAGAAUGUCCGUGGGAUAGCAAGUUGGUUGUGGCCGUCUUUACUAACGUCAACUUAGUGUUGUAUUUUGUAGAUCUUGUUUACUCCCAGAGGAUUCGCUUUAUCUCUAGUUCUGCUGUCUGAAACCACCACCAACACCCAAGUUCAAGGACAUAUCCAGUUUGUUCUCCAUAUCCAGGUCUAUGUGAAAGACUCAAUGGCUUAAAUCCACCAUUUCACAGUGUUAUGUAGCCAGAGUAUAACACUUUUUUUUAAUUAGCAGUAUUAUCUAGUUUUUAUGUUACAGUAUUCAUCUAGUCCUGAACUUCUUCCUACCAUAGAGAACAUGCACCAUGGAGACAAUCUCAGCAACUCUGUCCACAGACGACUCUGGGAAAUAUAUCCAUCUCUCUAAUACAGGCAUCCAUCUUAUCUGGGACCUAAAGAAGUAUCAGACCAGUGUUAUGUCAUUCAACCUUUCAGAGGCUUGGCAAUUUAUUUAAUACUAUUUAUAUAACAAUAAACAGGGUGGAAAUAUAUAGAUAUGUUUAGUAUCUGUUAGGUCAACAGUUUGCACUGAACAUAGAAUAUGGUUUUGGCUUUCUAGCCACUUCGCUGUAUUUUUUUUCCAGUUUAGAUUAUAUUCCCCACAUAUGUUGAAGUUUAUAAGGUUUUUUUUUAUUUACUGAAUGUCAAUUUUUUUGAAGGCAAAUGUUUGGCAGCAGUAUUAGAUUUCUUAUUUUGUUGAUACAUUACAUGUUGACCACAAGCACGAGUGUUAACAUUCUUUUUCCCAUGUUUGUACUCUGUUCUGUGUUUAAUAAAAUGUCUAUGUUUUCA